ACAAUACUGGUGAUGUUAUCCAGACCCAGGGUUUGUUCUCUCUACCAUUAGAGAUGCUUUUUUUGUAGAGAGAAACAUGAAAGUUAAUCAUCCGAUUGAAGUAGCGAAGACGGUGUUGGAGGUCGCCGACGUGGCAUGGACCGCCGUUGAAUGCUGUCACCACUAUCACCGCGACGGCCGCAAGGAGGCGCCGUCUUCACCAUCUCUGAAAUCAAACAGAGUAGAAGGGGAUUUGGAGGCCUUGCGAUCAGAAAAUCAACGAUUAAGGCAACUGCUUGAACAAAAUCUAAAGCUUCUACAGCCUAUUUUACAAUCUCCCAAGUUAUUACAAGAUUGCCCUUCCGAUCUCCAUGGUCGGCUCAUUGCUUCCGUCGAGUCUGGGGACUUUUUGAAGCAACUGGAAUAAAUUGCCACCAAGGUUCUCCUAAUCACCACUAGAAAGUCUCCAUGUGGAGAAGGAACCAACACAUAGGACAGAUUUGAGCUUAGGGUGCACAAGUGUGUUGUUGACCUAUUCAGUUCACCAGAAGUUGUGAAGCAGAUCACCUCAAUCACCAUCGAACCGGGUGUGGAUGUUGAGGUCACAAUUGCUGAUCCUUGGAUCAACUUUGAAUGUGUUGGACACUCGUGGCUUGCUAAGCCUUGAUUUUUGUUCUUUUUUGCUUUGUACUAUCCCUGUGAGUUAUGGGGGUCUUCUGAAUUUCCCUUCCUACCUCCAACCUCUGUAGACUUUAUGUAUGAGUUUUGUAUAUUUGAUGAAAUAUGGUGGAACAUCUUUGUCAGGAAAAAAAGUAUAGCAAGAUAUUCAGUGGGCAAGAGACGUGCACGAACCGAAAAUCCUUUUGUUGUUCUAAGGCGACAUCUGUGAGAAACACUUCAUGUCCCUUUUUUUUUCUUGAUAAGCAACAAAUGCUUAUUGCUCCGUAAUUGAAUGCUCGGUUAUAGUUAGCAUUUUUUCUGUUUCUGUUUUGUUUUCUGAUUAUUUUGUUUGUAGAACUAUUUUUCAGUUCUUGGUAGAAAGGUUUGUGAUUUUGGAUUCUUAGUGCAUAGUUUUGUUCAUCGAUGGAGUAGUUCAUUUAAUUUAAUUCACAUUACUUGCCUUAAUUAAGGGUGGAUCAGUAAAGUUUUAUUUGAGUUCCAGAUGGCUACUAGUUUUUAACAGCUAAAGGGAUCCUCACGAUGUUGUAAGUAGUAGAUCUCUUAGUUAAUAUUCUUCUUCAAUUUUAAACAUUACGAGUUUUGUGUCAUAUGCCUUCUGUUGUUGACAACACAAUUUUACCAUAUACGGAGUAUAUGUAAUCACAAUGGCCACAAAUGAACUAAGUCCAACAAAAGAUUCUCUUUAAUACAGAGUAGAAUAUAAUACAGAUUCCUAUUUCCUAGGAACUAAGAAAACAUAUAGAUGCUAAAUAAGCAGUCAUUUUCACAGAAUUUAUUGAAUUAGCAGUCUUAUAUUAUAGAUAUCGUUUUUAUAAUUAAUUAGAUUUUUCUACUUUAGGACCUUUUUCCAGUCUUUCAAAAAUGUCAGAGCAUUGUGAAGAAGUCCAAGUGAGUUUUAAUGAAGAUGUACUUAAAAAUCUAAAUGAUGGUAGUAAUUUUGAUAUUGAAGGGUUAUUGGCAGUGUUAUAAAACAAAUCCUGAUUUGACACCUGCUGAUGUUAAGAAACUCCAAUUUGACUCGGAUGAUGAAGUUUAUGACUUUUAUUCUUGUUAUGCCAGAAUUAAUGGCUUUUCUGUUAGAAGAGAUGAUGUGUCAAUGCUCUGCACACAUUUCCUCAUUUAGUUGGAGUAUAUUUUGUUGCCAACUUUACUUGUAACUGCUGUAAUUUUGUAUAUCUGUAAUUGUUGCAAUUUUGGUAUGUUACAUACUCACUAUUUUUUGAGUCAUUUCAUUCAUUCCACAGGAUAUGUUGAUUCCAUACCUAGAAGAUUCAGCCUUCAUUUUGAACUCCAUCAUUUUAUCUGGCUCAGAAUAUUGAGUAUUGGCUUCAGUCAAAUUUUGGUGGUUUUAGGUCUUGUAGCUCUUUUAAGACAGUUGGUUUUUAGGGAAGCUAGUUGAAGAGCAUGUGUGAGAAUCUCUUUACCAUUUUAUAUGAGAUUGUUCUCAAUGACUUGUUUAAAAAUAGCUUCUAGGUGUGAAAUUCAGCUAAGACCGCAUAGUUGAGUUUGUAAUUGGUAGAAGCUGUAUUUUUUAUGGCUAAUUAUAUUGAGCAAAUCGUGUUCGACGCCUGUUAAUCAAGAAUU